AGAGGCGAUCACGUGAGGCAAUUGGGACUUUGUUGGCGGAAAUAGUAGCGGGGUGAAUAAUAGCUGGGUGGAAGCGUAUUGAAAGAAGAUUGUUUAGGGCAUAUUUUAGAGGCAUGCAGUUCUUUGGACGACUUAUGCAUACUCUGAACAGUGUCACCCACUUGUUCUCAAACCCUUACCGGGUAAAGGAGGUACCUCUAGCAGAGUAUACAUCUCGGAAGCAGGUUAAACAAGACGAUAGGAUAGUCCUGUAUGAAAACAGUUCAGCUCGAUCUUGGGACUGUCUACUCAUUAACCCUCAGAAUCAAACUUCUGCCUUCCGGCUUUUUCAAGCUGACAGUGAAGCAAAUGCAACUGAAUAUUUUGAUCUGUACACGAAGCUGUUGCGUCCCUUUUAUGAGAGCUAUCACGAUCCUUUGCCUCUGGAAACUUUGCAGCACCUGACAGACUGUUUUCGAAGUCACCCCAGUUGGUCACUAGCACACAUAGCUGUAGAGACUGGACUUCUGGGAAGCUUCCGACACAAUCUCAUUCUGAGCUGCAUAAAUAGCAACAGUUCUGACAAUGAAUGCACCCCGCUUCACUUAGCCUGCCAAAAAGGUGACCUUGAAUGUCUGAAGGAGCUGCUGGAGGAGUGCCAUGCCCAUCUUGAUCUUACAGACAAAAACGGAGAAACUGUCUUCCACUAUGCUGUUCGAGGAAGCAACCCAAAGAUUAUAGAGCUCCUGGGCAAGAAACCAACUGCUGCUUUGGACCAUCUGAAUGAUGAAGGGCAGAGCGCAUUGCACCUGGCCUGCCAGCUGGGCAAAGAAGAUGCAGUCUUCUCUCUUCUUAAGGUUCAUGCCAAGUGCAAUAACUUGGGAGCGCUGGGCUAUCCUAUCCACACUGCUAUGAAGCAUUCUCAGAAAAGGUGUGCAGAAAUCCUCCUUGAUAAAGAAAUCAACCAGAUUCAGUUUCUGGACCCACGAUACGGUGGUACACCCCUUCACUGGGCCAGAAAUGCAGAGAUGACCCGGUUGCUUAUUGAGUUUGGCUGUGAAGUGAACAUCCUCAGUGCAACAGGAGAAUCAGCCCUUCAUAUUGCUGUGAGGCGUGGGCGUUUUGAUUGCACAAUGGUUUUGUUGACACAUGGAGCUAUGCCUAAUACUAAAGAGAAGGAUGGCAACACACCACUUCACCUGGCCAUGCAGCAAGAUCACAUAGAAAUGAUCAAGGCCCUUAUUGUGUUUGGAGCAGAUGUGGAUAUCCCCAAUGAUUUAGGGGAGACACCUGGCUUGGUGGCAGCCAGGACAAGCAAAGGUGCCAACCGGAAAGUUCUUUUAGAUCUGCUGCAAAUGAUAGGGAUUGAACGCUGCCAUCCACCUGGCAUACCUACCUCAUCAUCAUCCACUUCCAUCUUCCCAGAAAGACCACCAGCCCCACGGAGUUCUGGCCUAGAAUUCCAAGACAUCAUCCAUGUUUCAGCAGCUCUUGGCAACUUGCUAAAGAAACCAGAUGUGGUGGACUCUGCCCCUCAGAAGAGCAGAAACCUGGACCGCCUCCUGAGUCUGGACGGUGGGGGUGUCCGGGGCAUUGUGCUCAUCCAGUUUCUCAUCGCUAUAGAGAAAGCUGCAGGGCGUCCCAUCAGAGAGCUCUUUGACUGGGUGGCGGGGACUAGUACAGGGGGAAUUUUGGCCCUGUCCAUUGUACAUGAGAAGCCCAUGGACUACAUGCGCUGUGCAUAUUUUCGCAUGAAAGAUGAGGUCUUUCGAGGGUCGCGGCCCUAUGAAUCUGAGUGUCUUGAGAAUUUCCUGAAGAAGGAGUUUGGAGAGCAUACCAAAAUGACAGAUAUCAAGAGUCCCAAGGUCAUGUUGACAGCAACACUGAGUGACCGACAACCUGCUGAGCUCCACUUGUUCAGGAAUUACAAUCCGCCAGAACGAAGAAACAAAUCUCGUUUCAGGAUGAUAGGCUCAUUUCAAGCAAUGACCAGGCCAGAAGAUCAACUGGUAUGGCAGGCUGCCCGCUGCAGUGGAGCUGCUCCAACAUAUUUUCGGCCCAGAGGACGGUUUCUAGACGGAGGGCUGCUAGCCAACAAUCCCACUUUGGAUGCCAUAACUGAGAUCAAUGAAUACAACAAGUCUUUAAUCCAGAAAGGUCAGGGUGACAAGGUGAAGAAGUUGGGAGUUGUUGUCUCUCUUGGAACCGGCAGAACACCAAAAGUUCCCGUGAGCUCUGUGGAUGUCUUUCGUCCCUCCAACCCUUGGGAAUUGGCCAAGACUGUCUAUGGAGCUAAAGAACUGGGCAAACUGGUGGUGGACUGUUGCACAGAUGCAGAUGGACCAUGUGUUGACCGUGCAGUAGCCUGGUGUGAGAUGAUAGAUGCCCAUUAUUUCAGGUAUGUGCAAUGUACAAAUAGGGAGGCGGCCGGGGUCUUGGACGGGAUCGCGCCCAUGCAACCUCUCUUGCCACAUCAGCCCCGACACUCCCCGUGGUUUACGGAGGAGUUGAGGGUGCUGAAG